AGCAAACCGAGCGUAACAGUAUACAGAAGAAGAAGAAGAAGAAGAAGAAGCAGCUCGGAACAGGAAGCGUGCAUCCUUGCAACGUGCUCUUAAUGAAGUUGCCGUAGUUACUUUUUAACGAUGAAGCACACCGAGGAAAACCCACAGCGUCCCUCCCUUUUUCUAGAAGUUUGCUGCCAAAACGGGGAGCCCCGUCUCCCGCUGCACACCUCCAUCGCCCUGUUUCUCCUGUCCUACUGCGAGUGCAAGUCCUUCAAAGUUUUCCUCGUCUUCAGCACACCCGGCGGCUCCCAGGCCCUGGGGGGUCAGCUGCCAGCCGGUUUGGACGUGUCUGACCUUCGGCCGGAGGAUGUGCCCCAGCUGGUGAGGGGCUGCCGCCUCCCCGCCGUCCUGGAUGAGACGGGGAUGCUGUGCAGGGCCGGGCUGGCGGUGGUCCUGAGACAUGUCAUCGACAAGACCACCGAGGCGGACCCUUCCAGAAAGGAUGUGCUGGCACUGCUGGGAUUCAAGAAGACCUGUCUGAAGGCCUGUGCUGAGGUGAGCAAGUGGACCAGACUGUGUGAAAUCGGAAUCCCCUCCGCGGUAGAACAACACCUCAAAGACCCCACUAAUCAGCAGCUGCCUCUCGCCAUCCUCACCCUAGAGCGCCGGCGAGCGGAGCCGGUCAAAGUCCACAACGACGACAAGAUCCGGAGACAGAAACUCCAAGCGCAGAAAAGGAAUAAAAAGAAUCAAGGCAAAGGGAAGCGAAACACCGAGCCCGGACGAUCGCCCGAGGUCAGUGACGAGCACGAGCUCAGGACCGCUCUGGCCAAGCUCUCUGUGGAUUCAGUUCCUACAGCGACCAGCAGAGAGAACCCCGAGAUCAGGAAAGUGAAGACCACGGACCUGCCUCCCCUGGAGCACGUGUUUGCAGAAGGACUGUACUUCACUCUGACCGACGUGGUUCUGCUGCCGUGCAUCUACCAGUACUUGUGUUCCCUCCAAGCUCACGCUGCGAGCUCCUUACAUCAGCUCCCCCACCUGCUGCGUUGGUACAGUCGCGUUCAGGAGGUACCCGGGGUCCUUAGGGCUGCCAAGGAAUGUGGGAUGGAUCUGUCCAUCCCCCGAGUUCUCGUGUCCGACGUCCCAGCGCCCGCCGUAGAAGACGCCCCAACUGGCCUUUUGGAGCAAGAAGAAGGCCAGGACACGACCCUGCAGCUCCGCUUUGUCGGAGGCCCCAGGCCCACGAUGACAAAACUUCAAGAAAGUGGCAUUGAGGCAGAGUUCACGCCUCAUCCUUGCCCUGACUGGACACUCCCUUGGGACAGCUUACCGGGAGCCAUCAGCCCCACUGAAGGGAAUGUGUCAAACAUCCGUGUGGUUCGGAAGAGGCAACAGCUGAACAACUUGGUUGCCAUGGUUACGGAGCUGGCCAGGCCAGGGCACACCAUUGUGGAUUUUUGCAGUGGAACGGGCCAUUUAGGGAUUGCUUUGGCGCACACACUUCCGGAUUGCCAGGUCAUCCUCAUAGAGAACAAAGAGGAGUCAUUGGUCCGGGCCCAGAGUCGAAGCGCUGAGCUUGGCCUUAAAAACAUUGGCUUUGUUCAGGCUAAUUUGGACUACUUCACCGGAACGUUUCACAUUGGGGUGGCCCUCCAUGCAUGUGGCGUUGCAACCGACAUGGUGAUGGAGCAUUGCAUCCAGGCGCGAGCCGCCUUUGUCAUCAGCCCAUGUUGCUACGGCUUCAUCCAAAACGCAAUCAAGUUCACCUUCCCCAAAAGCAAAAGGUUCAAAGAGACUCUGACUUACAAGGAACACAUGAUCCUUUGUCGCUUCGCGGACCAAACCGCUGUCCAGCUCCCUCCUGAGAAGCGACUCAUUGGCAAACAGUGUAUGGGCCUGGUGGACUUGGACCGCUCUUGGGUGGCACAGACUCAUGGCUACACUGUGCAGGUGAUGACCAUGGAGCCUGAAAGCUGCUCGCCCAAGAACAACAUGCUGGUGGGAAGGCUGAAGAGCGGACUGCAAGACGAUGCUGGACAACAAGAAGCACCGGUGCACAAUUAAUAACUCUGAGAAGCGGUGGGGUCAGGGUUUGACAAAGUGCCCAGCACACACACAUUUUUUUUCCACCCUUGAUUUUAUUUUUAACAAGCCUAGGAAAAUAUACGAGGUUUUAGUUCAUUAUUUGUGGUCUAGCUGGUCUCAAAAUCACUUUUCAGGAGUGAUGUUAAAGGCGAUGUGUGUUUUGAUGCGAUAAACUAAUUGCGAUCUGGAAAUGACUCCUCUCCCUUGUUAAAUUCACUCAAUUAUUGGACGCUUGGAAAAUUAAAAGUUUGAGCCACAACAACUGCCGUUUCGUUUGUGUGUGCCUAAAAUGUGUGAUGAAGCUGCUGGCAGCAGGAAUAACACAUCCUCAUUGUGAAUUAAGCGCACCAUACUUUCCACAUGCCGCUUUGGCAAAUAGUCUGGAUGCGGCCUUCUGUUCCUGAACUGAAUAAGCUCCCCCUGUUGCCAGGUAUUAACAGAAGGCAGUAAAAAGUAAUCUGCACUUGAAGAUCAAAUGGGGAACAAUCAAUAUCUUGUGUGUGCGAGAAGGGAAUAUAAAAGAAGGGUUAGGGUUGAGAGAUUAAUCUAAACUCAUCAAUCGGGUCAUAUUUUGCAUUUUAUUUAGGGUCUACAGAGUAACUGAAUAUUCAUGUGAAUAUGGUAUGCAUGGAGUUAUAUGUUUAGCAGAAAUGUAUUGUGUAUGUAUAAUGAAUCUUUUCCUGUAGAAAAGGUCAGUGUGCUUGAUUACAUGGAUCCCAGUUGUUGAAAAUCCCACAAUAUGCUCCUUGUUUUCAGGCCCACACACUUCUCGGCGUAUUCCGACUGCUUUUUGAAAGUCUCAGAGCCAGUUUUCCUGCUCACGGGAUACAUGACUGGUGCAGGCUUUUCCAGUGCGCAGCUCAUCCAAAUUCAGUCAGCAGACUCAAUCUAUCCUGAGGUGAAUGGCCGGACGCAGCCCCUUCAAAGAAUUUCAAAAGGAGACGUCCGACUCCCUCUUCGUGUUUGUGGCUCUGCACAAGUGCACAUUACAGAAAUUCCCAUGUGCACAAAGGAGGAGAGAGAGAGAGAGAGAGAGAGUGAGAGACUCUGGUGGCGCUACUUAAAGCGUGCGCAAUAGAUGGAAGAUCGAGGUGUGAAGUGACUUGAUAUAACGUAAAAACCUCGGGCUGCAAGGUGCAUGGCUGCACAAGAUUCUUUGUUUAGACAAAGUGAUGAAGAUAUCUGAGGUUAUUUCUAUGUAAAUACAGUGUUUCUUCACAAGUGGUCACCCUUAUGAAGCCAUUCUAUGAGUAGCGUAUGCUGAGCUGGAUGCAUUUCAUUGUUUUUUUUAACGGAAUUACACCAUUAGAGUAGUUGGAAACCUGAAUUGGUUUUUCUGCUUCAAAAUAAGAAAUUUAAAAACAGACGAUGCCCUUUUAAUCAUCUUAAAUGUAACGCUUUUAUAUUAUUUGAACAUACAUUACCAGCAACAACGUGGAUUUUUUCACUUGUAUACUAUAUAUAUAUUUUUAAAAUAGAUUACACCGGUCACAUGUGCAGUCAGCUUUUAUAUAUCCUCCGUUUAGGGUUCCCCUUCUGAUAGUCCCUUUUUGCGUUUAUUUAGUACUUUAGUCUCCUAUAGCAUUGUCUUCUGAGGAUGCCACUAAUGACUCACUUCCCCUCAUUAAAAGGUGGGUUUACCAAAGUCAUUAAAAUACCAUUUUGUUUUUGUCAU